CUGACGACUUAUCUCCCUUUGCUUGAGGCGCCGAUGAAUCAGAGAGUGACUUGCACACUCCGAGUUAAAACAGUGCACCAUGAACGGAUUCCUGAGCGGCUUCGAUUUGCAUAAACGACUGUUUUGUGUCGCAGGUGGCGUCACAGCUGUUGCUGUAUCAGUUGUCAUCGUCAAGAAACUAUGGCCUAGAAAGAAGACGACCUACCCCCGUGACACUGUCAUUCUCCACCAGAUAGGGAGGGGACCCUACGCCCCAAGUUUAUCUCCGUAUAUCGUCAAACUUGAGACAUACCUCAGGAUGGCAAAAAUACCUUAUCAGGUUAGUCAUGGAAUGACUCCAUCUCCGAAAGGAAAAUGGCCUUGGAUCGAAUACAACGGGGAAGUUGUGGCCGACUCUGAACUAUGCAUUGACUUCCUGAACAAGAAGUUCAGCAUAAAUUUGAACAAUCAUCUAACGCCAUUUGAGAGAGCCGUGGCCUUGACCGCGAGGAUCACGAUGGAGGAACAUGCCAUCUUGUGUCACGCCAUGUUUCGUUACGUGUAUGAUCCCGAGGUUGCAGUCAUUAGAAAGGCCUUCAAUAUCGGUAAACUGUUGUUGUGGAUCUACAAGAGAAAAGCUCGUGCUGCCUUGUACACUGCAGGGAUAGGGCGGCACACCAAAGAGGAGGUUGCUCUCUUUCUGGAGCGUGAUCUUCAGGCUGUAUCAGAUAUCUUAGGACAGAAGAAAUUCUUGAUGGGCGACAAACCAUGUGAGGCAGAUUGUGCUGUGUUUGGUCAGCUUAGUCAGUUACACUGGCAUGCCGUUGGAAACGAACUGGAGACCAUACUCAAAGACAAGUUUCCAUCCCUGGCCGCCUACUGUGAAAGGGUGAAGGCGGCGUAUUGGCCGGACUGGGACGACUGUACGACAAGAGGAUUCACUGCCAAAGCCACGAAAUAACGAUUUGUCAGCACCACACCCGUGAUCCUCGGUCCCUCCAAAGUGGUAAACGUCUAAGACCUGCACCACUUCGGAUUUUCCUCCCACAUCAAGCUGACACGCAAGGUGGUUAUUGUAACCGAAACACUGCCCAUAUCGGCGAUACAUUUUGUGAUAAAGUGUUGCGCUAUUGCCAAAUGAUUAUGAAAAGGCAUGCAAUUGUUUCUCCUCUUGUUUGUUUGUUUGUUUGUUGUUUAACGCAGCACUCGGCAAUAUAUUUACCCUGAAGAUUCGGGUUGGAAUGGGUUAGUUUUUCAACAGCCCAUGCUUGCCGUAAAAAGAGACAAUGCUUGUCGUAACAAACAAACAAACAAUCCAAUGAUUAACAUCAUGAGCAUCGAUUCUGCUCUAGAAUCUGAAAUAAAUGAUGUAUAAUAGGCUUUAUAUCUGAACAUGCGCAGUAGAUAUUUUUGUUUGAUGAUUUAUUGUUGUUGUCACAUAAAAAACCAAGUGUUCUACUUUUGUUCCUAAUAAGUGAUUUAGGACUUUUUGAGGCAUAUAAUUGUUUUCAAAAUCAUUGAAACAUCUUUUUCGAUAACGCUUUCAACGCCUGUGAUUAACUAGAGGCAUAUAAUUGGUUUCAAAAUCAUUUUCGAUAACGCUUUUGACGUUGUUAUUUCUUCAUCAAUAGAAAAAUUCAUAAUAAUGUAGUGUUUAUGCUAUGUUUUUAAUAUGUGAAGUUCUGAUUUUACGGCAGAAUGGGAUGUAGCCAGAUGCUUAUAUGUACCUGCUUGUAUCCUUUGUCAUGUGCAUGUUGAUUAAAGUAAUUUCACGCAAAUA